AGGAGCCGCUCCGCCGCCGGCCCCCGUGCUCCCGGCGGCGGCUCCGGCGGCGAUGUCCUGAGGGGCCGAGCCGGUCCCCCCACCCCCGCCCCUUCGGCCGCCCGGUGCCCAGCAUCUUUCGCAGCUGAGGCUCUGACGUACCGGAGGACAUUGCAUCUGCCUCACUGACAAGGAGAGGUGUGAACUGGACCCUCUGGGAGCUGAGAAGGAAAUUGCGUUUGGUGGUAUCCUGAGGAACUUACCUUCACGCCAACGUUGCUCUGAAAUGAGUUGAGUCCAACAUUCAUGUUUGGUAAGAUGCCUCAGGAGCAGUACGCGCACAGGAGCACCAUGCAGACCUCAGAAGGGCCCCAAGUAUACAAAGUCGGGAUUUAUGGCUGGAGGAAGAGAUGCCUCUAUUUCUUUGUGCUGCUCCUAAUGAUUUUAAUCCUGGUGAACCUUGCUAUGACCAUCUGGAUUCUGAAGGUUAUGAACUUCACAAUUGAUGGAAUGGGGAACCUGAGAAUCACAGAUAAGGGACUGAAGCUGGAAGGAGAUUCAGAAUUCUUGAAACCUCUCUACGCCAAAGAAAUCCGGUCGAGACCAGGCAACCCACUAUACUUCCAGUCUGCCAGAAACGUUACAGUGAACAUCCUCAAUGAGAAGACGAAAGUCCUCACUCGCCUUGUAACAGGUCCCCAAGCAGUGGAAGCACACAGCCAAAAAUUCGAGGUGAAAACCCUCUCUGGAAAAUUGCUGUUUUCUGCAGAUGACAACGAAGUGGUAGUCGGAGCAGAGAGAUUGAGAGUUUUAGGAGCAGAAGGCACAGUGUUCCCUAAAUCUAUAGAAACUCCCAAUGUCAGGGCAGACCCCUUCAAGGAACUAAGACUGGAGUCACCCACGCGUGCACUGGUGAUGGAGGCUCCAAAGGGCAUCGAGAUCAACGCUGAGGCCGGCAGCUUGAAAGCCACGUGCAGGACAGAGCUCAGGCUGGAAUCCAAAGAUGGAGAGAUAACAUUGAAUUCUGCAAAAAUCAAACUACCUAACUUGCCUCAAGGAUCUUCCUCUUCUGCAGGGUCCAGGCAAAAAAUCUACGAGCUCUGUGUGUGCCCCAAUGGGAGGUUAUUUCUGUCUCAGGCAGGCACUAGCUCCACCUGCCAGAUAAAUACAAGCGUCUGCCUUUGAGAGACAAUUUGCAGUGGGCAUCGCAGGCAGCACAAAAGCCAAUUCUGGUCUCCUAGAGUGCAGCUGCCAACUAUUUUUACUAGAACACAGAAAGCCUAUCAAAGACUUUUUUUGUGUGCGCGCGUGUGUGUGAAUAUAUAUAUAAAAUAUAUAUAUAUAUAUAAAAUUAUAUAUAUCCUCUGUGUAAAAUGAUGUUUCAGUACAAGGAAUCCCAGGGUGACCCUGUUACAUUUGUGUAGCAUUUCUCUUUCCCACACCAAAAUUUACUGGUACAAUCUACUGAAUUGGGCUUGAUGCUCCCCUGGACCCUUCUGUAACAGUACAGUCUAAUGAUCACCCCUUGUUUUUGACCAUGUCCUAAAAGUAAUGGGAUUGCUGGCUGGUGUAGACCCUGGAACCAAUGUAGAACCACCAAUAUACUAAAGCAAGAGUAGCGUCUCUGAUUAUUUUUGCACCAUUUAAUUGGUGCAGUGAGGAAAACAAAACAGCCAGAUGUGCUGUACUGGUUGCCUAGAGUGAUCCAAGACACCUGGGGUUAAACUGCACUCUUUAAUUUUCACCUGAAGUGUGGCUCCCCAUUGGGAGAGAUGGGUUGCACUUUGCCUAUAGAAAAGCCCUGAUCUUGCUCAAUUACUUUCUGAAGGGCUUUGAUUCUUGCCUGUACCUGCAAUGAAUGCCUUGUGCUAUUCCGAUGUCACGUGUCAGCUCUAACCCCAACCUAAAGUCAUCUCUGUGCUAACAAAGUUAGCAUUGUAUUUGUUCUUGAAAGGAAAAAAAGUUAUGAAAGUUGGACUAGAAGAGAAAAAUCUUGAGUCACUUCAGUUAACAGGUGUCCUGGAUCUCCCUACACACCCUCUGUAACCACCUUUAAUUUUGAAAUUAUUUAAAAUACAUGAGCAGGUGUAAGAUUUGGAAAUUACCCACCAAUACAUAUAGAAACAAAGACCAUCACCUGUUAAACCCAUAGAAACACAGAAAUUCAUUUGAAUUUGAUGUAUAAUACCUGUGCUAUGUUAGAAUUUUUGUCCUCUUUCUAUUCAGGACAUGCAGUCCAAGAUCACAUACAUUUUGUGGAGAUUGCAAAUGUCAGAGACACUGACAGUGAAAUAGGUUUUUUUUUUAAGAACGUAAAAGAUUUUGACAAGUUCAGAUUAAUGCAAAGCAAAGGCUUUGGAUGCUGGUUCCUCUAGAAUUCAAGCCUUGAAAUAUCUGUGGUCAAAUCUCUUCAUGGGUGUGUUUUCCUUACUGAAGUCCAGGAGUUACUGCAGGUAGGAUAAACCAUAACUCUGAUCUGGUGGCAUUAUUUCCAGUGAUAAAGUUUGGGGGUGGGGGGGGGGGGGAAAGAACUGAAAUAAGCCCAGAUCUUUUAAUUCUGACCCAUAACUGUGUCCACAUGCAUGUAAAAGCUGUUUAGCAACCAAUGUACUAAUUGGCACAAAAGGGUUCAAGUCACAGUAAAUCUCAUGAGGACAGUAAGGUUUCUAUACUGAGAUGCUACUGAAAAUAUUGCCUUGUGCAGAUCUGUGCCCAUCCCUAGUGGUAUCUGAGCAAAGCUGGUAUUCUUUAAGCAGUUUUCAAGAUACAGUGUCACUGACAGUAAUUUUUAGAAAUAACUUAGCCCUUUCCUUUGAAACAUAUUUCCACGUGUUUUCAUGUGGUCUGAAGAGUACCAGGGUUUGAUGUUUUUAAAUGUUUGAUUCUGGCCUGAUCCAAAACUGGCUGGACUCAAUGGGAAGAUAUCCAUGGUGUUUUGAUUGAAUGUUGCUUCCCAACAAAGCAACAUCUCCAUAAAAUUUAUUUCUGAAAGAGGAUUGAGUUAUCUAUGUAUAUUUCUCUGCCGCUUUCAGAUUAAUUAACAAAUUCAAAUUAUUUGUUAAUGAAUUAUUCCUGUAGUUACUAUCUUGAAUCAAUGUUCGAAUGCAAAGGGUCACCCAGGAUAACAAUUGUAUUGGGACACAGGACUAUACCAUCUCUGUUCAAAGAGGGGAAUUGUGCCUAUGCCUUAAGUCAAUGCACUCAGCAAGGAGAAGCACAUCAUAUUUAUCUUGUUAUAAAAACUAGUUUAUUUGGGGGGAGGGACAGGAGGGUGUCUUGGGAACUGGUUGUGCAACUUAACUUAAAACAGAUAUUAAUGAAAUAUAUUAAGACUGUAGGGGCACCAAGAGUGAUACUGUUGUUUCUUUUUACCAUGUUAAAUAUAGCAAAAUACUGUGUAUGUUACCUCUGGGACCACAAGCGAAGUCCCAUUCAUAAUCCUACAUUUGCUAUAGAUUUUUUUUUCCUCUGUUUCAUUUAAUACUGAUCACAUACGUUAUAUCAAGCAUGGCCCAAUUCAUAAACAAAUCCCACGUUUGCAAGCACAUGAGUGGAAGAUGCAUGCUGCAGGAGGAGUGCCCUGUAUGGAAAACAAGUUGGGUUAACUUUCCCUUCCCGGAAAGGCUGGUAGCACGGGGCUGAGCACAAGGAGUGGCCCAGCAGGGAUGCUGUGUCCCAGUCCCUUCCUCUGAUCCCCGGUGCCCAGUGGUCAGUCCUCAUCCCAAGCACCCUUGGGCUGCUCUGCUGCAAUUUCACUUUGACCUGAUGGUCUUUUCUGCUGGGAUCUCAGAUGAGGUAAGCACCCUCACAACUUGGGAAGACCAUGAGAUUGCAUAAGGAUAUUAAUUUUGGUAUGAAUGUAUGGGGAAAGUUGUUAGAGAACAACCUUACUCUUCU